ACUGCAGGUAACUAGAGGCAAGGCAAAAUUUCAUGCAAGACUUUUCAUAUUUUUUUCUUUUUUAAACAUGCUUGCACCCUUUUUAAACUUCCUAGUUAUACAUUAUGCGGUGACUCUUGUUGUUAUUGAAUAUUGACUUGCCAUUCAAUGGGACUCAAUGCUAACGUUAUUUAAAAUAGUUUGUUACUUGUUUAUCAUCAUUAGGGUGUGAAACUUAUAGGAAUAAUAUUCAACUUGAAAGAUUAAUGCUUGAAACAUUACCAACAAUGAUUCAGAUAUUAGGAAUUACAAUUUUUCUUUUAGGAAACACAAUUAGAGCAGCAAAUAUUACAUGCAGCAGUUUUUGUGAACGAGGUGCAAGUAAUAGAACGGAGACAUGUAACACUAAUACUGGUGAAUGUAUAUAUGGCUGUAUUGUGGGCUUUGCUGGUCCAAAUUGUUCUUAUGAAUGCCCAGAUACAUGUAUAUAUCCAGCAGAAAAUGAAACAGGAACAUGUAACCAUAUAUCUGGCGAAUGUUUACAUGGUUGUAAAGAUGGAUUUUAUGGUUCAAACUGCACACAAAGAUGUUAUGACAUAGACCCAAUCUGUGAACGAUGCAUCGAAAAGAAUGAAAACGACGGAAUUGAAUGCAAGAAAUGUAACAGAAAUUUCUAUAUGUCAGCUGGUAAAUGUUUAUCGUGUAACUACUGGUGUUUGGUUGUACCCACUAGUGCUGAGCCGAUCUGUAGGCCAGAGGACGGAUAUUGCAAUCAUGGUUGUAGAACAGGCCGUUAUGGUUUCAUGUGUGGGGAACGCUGCAGUUCCACGUGUAAAGAUGAGUGUAACAGAGAAACUGGGACAUGUUUUGACUGUAAAUAUCAGAGCUGUUGUGGUCCAACUUGUGAAAUACAGUGUCAAGAUGGUUGCUUACUUCAACAAUGUAACCAAUCCUGUCACUGUGUAAAUGGAUGUACCACCACACAUUGGGGAGAAAGAUGUCUGACUGUAUGCAACUAUAACUGCAUUAAACCAGCUGACCCUUCAAAAAGAGUUUGUAAUACUUCGGAUGGGACAUGUCUAUUAGGUUGUGAGGGUGAACUUUUCUGGGGAAAUCAGUGUAAUAAAGUAUGCCCUAGUUACUGUGUGAAUGAUACGUGUGAGCAAAUCAGUGGAAAUUGUACAGAAGGUUGUUCAAGUGAGGCAGUCUACGGUUGGCGUUGUGAUACGCCAUGUAAUAAAAACUGCCUUGGUGGCACUUGCGAAAGACCAGAUGGAUAUUGUGAUAAAGGAUGUAAUGUUGGUACUUACGGAAUAGAAUGUAACUUAAGUUGCAGUGAGAACUGCAAAAAUAAUACAUGUAAUAGACAAAGUGGGCACUGUGAUAACGGCUGUAAAGAUGGAAAUUACGGUAACCAAUGUGAAAACACCUGCAGUACAACGUGUUUAAACCAAAGAUGUGACAUUGUUGACGGCAGUUGCACAGAUGGAUGUAUCUCUGGCUUUGAGGGACAUAAUUAUGGAACAGAAACAAAAUCAGUUGACAACACUUUACUUGGGCUUACUAUCAGUGGAUGGUCCUUGUUGGUGAUACUUUUGGCAUUUAAUAUAACUAAAGCUUUAACAAAAAGAUGUAAAAAGUCUAAAGGAAACAAGAUCAAUGCAAAGGAGGACACACAACCCCAGAUUAGAAAUCAGCAAGUCUACACAACAUUACAGCAUGGACAAGAUGAGAAUCAUGAUACAACAAAGUAUGAGGUGUUACGGUUUAGAGAAGAGAAUACUACAGAACAGACUAUGUACGAAAACAGCGGUGUGUGAUCAUCGUUAAAAAGACUAUUGAGACAACACACUGACUAAAAGAAACUUGUUCUACAAUAAUUGUUUCUAACUUCUUAAAUGUGUUUUGAUUUUUCCUUGUAUUCAUUUUGCAUUCAUAUGUCUUGAAAAGUAAUCAAAUAAACUCAUGUGUGGGAUUACGUGAUAUUUAUACUAUUAUAUUAUAUAUUUAUGCACUAACCGUAUUGGAAAUUCGAACAGCAGUGACACUAAAUUUAAGUGUCAAAUGUCCACUGAUGUCUAAAAACCUAAAAACAUAAAGUUUGAAUUUCUUACAUAAAUCAGCUGGGGCACUUAAAACAGACAUAUAUGCUAAGAUAGUAAAGAAAUGUACUUAGAAAUAAAUUGAAUGUUGUA